GGGGCCGGGCGGGGCCAGCGGCGCAUUAGCGCCUUGUCAAUUCGGCUGCUCAGACUUGCUGCGGCCUCCGCGUCCGUGCCCAGCGACGUACGGGGCGACCCGGCCCCGCGCCCUCCCGCACCCUCCCGCGCCCCGCGCGGCCGCCCUCCGUGGCCUCUCGCCCUUGCCGCCCGCCGCGCGCCCCCACUCCCGGCAGCGCCGGCCCCAUGCCCGCCGGCCGCCCGGGCCCCGCCGCCCAAUCCGCGCGGCGGCCGCCGCCGCUGCUGCUGCUGCCCCUACUGUUACUUUGCGUCCUCGGGGCGCCGCGAGCCGGAUCCGGAGCCCACACAGCUGUGAUCAGCCCCCAGGACCCCACCCUGCUCAUCGGCUCCUCCCUGCAGGCCACGUGCUCCGUGCACGGGGACUCCCCGGGGGCCACGGCCGAGGGCCUGUACUGGACGCUCAACGGACGCCGCCUGCCGCCCGAGCUCUCACGGGUCCUGAACACCUCCACCCUGGCCCUGGCCUUGGCCAACCUCAACGGCUCCAGGCAGCAGUCGGGGGACAACCUGGUGUGUCACGCCCGUGACGGUAGCAUCCUGGCUGGCUCCUGCCUCUACGUGGGCCUGCCUCCCGAGAAACCAUUUAACAUCAGCUGCUGGUCCAAGAACAUGAAAGACUUGACGUGCCGCUGGACGCCCGGUGCCCACGGCGAAACAUUCUUGCACACCAACUACUCGCUCAAGUACAAGCUGAGGUGGUACGGCCAGGACAACACGUGUGAGGACUACCACUCGGUGGGGCCCCACUCCUGUUACAUCCCCAAGGACCUGGCCCUCUUCACGCCCUACGAGAUCUGGGUGGAAGCCACCAACCGCCUGGGCUCGGCCCGCUCCGACGUGCUCACUUUAGAUAUUCUAGAUGUGGUGACCACGGACCCCCCGGCCGAUGUGCACGUGAGCCGCGUGGGGGGGCUGGAAGACCAGCUGAGCGUGCGCUGGGUCUCGCCGCCCGCCCUAAAGGACUUCCUCUUCCAAGCCAAGUACCAGAUCCGCUACCGCGUGGAAGAUAGCGUGGACUGGAAGGUGGUCGAUGACGUCAGUAACCAGACCUCCUGCCGUCUGGCCGGCCUGAAACCCGGCACUGUGUACUUCGUGCAAGUCCGCUGCAACCCCUUCGGCAUUUACGGCUCCAAGAAGGCGGGGCUCUGGAGCGAGUGGAGUCACCCCACGGCCGCCUCCACCCCGCGCACGGAGCGGCCGGGCCCGGGCGGCGGCGCGUGCGAGCCCCGGGGAGGCGAGCCGAGCUCGGGCCCGGUACGGCGGGAGCUCAAGCAGUUCCUGGGCUGGCUCAAGAAGCACGCGUACUGUUCCAACCUCAGCUUCCGUCUGUACGACCAGUGGCGGGCUUGGAUGCAGAAAUCACACAAGACCCGCAACCAGGACGAGGGCGUCCUGUCCUCGGGCAGACGGGGCGCGGCGAGAGGUCUUGCCAGAUAAGCUCUAGGGACCAAGGAGAGAGCCAUGCCUCCUGCUUUGCAGAGGAGACAACCCCGGCACCCCAAGCCUGGCGGGGGGCCACCUCUGCACCCCCACUUCAGGGCACCGAAAGAAGCAGAAGCUGGGCCAGGUGCUGUGAGCUGCGUCCCCGCCAUGGGAGCCCACAGCCUU